AUGGAAGAGGCUGAGGGAAGUCUGCCCACUGUGGAAGAUGUCACAGGGCACAGCAGAAGAUUCUGCUCCACUCCAGGACUAUGUCAAGGCUUGACCAUGCUCCCAGCCACAGGACACCUACUGUCCCUCCUACUGCUGCUAGGCACAGGGAGUACUGUGCCCAGCCUCCAGGCACUUCCCCAGGGCUGCUACAUGGCAGAGGAAGCUGGUGAGCGAACCUUUCGCUGCAGUCAGGCAGGUCUGAGUGCCGUGCCUGGAGGCAUCCCCAAUGACACCCGAAAACUCUACCUGGAUGCCAACCUGCUGGCAUCAGUGCCCGCGGGUGCCUUCCAGCACCUGCCAGUCCUGGAAGAACUGGAUUUGUCUCAUAAUGUCCUUGCCCACCUCUCAGGGGCCGCUUUCCAGGGUCUGGCCGGCACCCUGCGCCACCUUGACCUCUCAGCCAACCAGCUGGCCUCAGUGCCGGUGGAAGCCUUCUUGGGGCUGCAGAUACAAGUGAACCUGUCUGCCAACCCCUGGAGCUGUGACUGUGCCCUCCAGGAGGUGAUCAGGCGAGUGAGGCUGGCUCCAGGCACUGCUGCAGGCAUUGUGUGUGGCCCCGGAGCCCGCGCAGACCUGGUGGGGCAGGAGUUCCUGCUGCUGGCAGGUGAGGAAGAGCUGUGCGGGUCAGGGAGGGGUGGGGCCCGGCGGAGCACGGACGUGGCCCUGCUGGUCAUCAUGGGUGGCUGGCUGGUGCUCGUGGUGGCCUAUCUAGCCCACUAUGUGUGGCAGAAUCGGGAUGAGAGCCGGCGACCCCUCAAACAGGCUCCAGCACUGCCUGUGCGCUCUGAGGACUCCUCCACUCUCAGCACCAUGGUCUGA